CUUACCACCGCGGCGGCCCUUCUGCGGAGGGUGACCGUGAAGCCGCAGCGAUGAGGGGCCGUGCGGGGGACCAGGACGACGAGCAAGAGGAUGAUGAAGACGAUCCCUACGGCGAUGAUUUCGACGUCGAUGACGAAAUUAUUGAGGAUCAUGAAGAUGAUCAUGGCGAAGAACAGAUUUUCGCGGCCGAGAUGAAUCGUGGUAACGCAGACGGCUCUUCGACGAUGGACGACCUUCUCUCGAAAUUUGCGAACGACGAUGGUUUGUACGCUGAUCUGGACAGGGAGCAGGAGGCGCAUCAACGGAAAAAUGAAGCCGAUGGAGAUGAUGCGCAAGACGGAAGAGGUGAGACGAGUACUGAAUCAGUUUCGCCUUCGCGCAGUGUGCGUUUUGAUCCCCUUCUCGACAAUAGUCGGCGGUCUCUGUUCGCAACACCUGGCAGAGAACUCGGCACAAAACAGCGCGGAGCGAACACUGGAGAUAUGUCUUUGCAGUUGGCAAAAAUGCUUUCGACAAAUGAAGACUUCACUGCGGGAGACCAACAUGCUUUGGCGCUGGCACAAAAUGCUGGUGCAGAGUCCAUGUCUCCCACUGGUCGGACAGUUGGCGCGACAGGGCCAGGAUCCUCUUGUCGUCUUUCCGUUCGCGAGGAACGAAAACGGCGGCCGGCGGAACCUGUUGAUUGGUGCGAGCAGAAAGCAACUUGCGGAGGCCAAGAGGCGCAUCGCGUGGCCCCAGUACCGAACUUGCUGAUACCUUGGCAGCCG